AUGUCGACGCUGUGCGCUGCUGGUGCUGCAGGGGAAUUGCACUUUCGCGCAGAAGGCUCAGCGGGCGCAAGAGCAAAACUGCUCAUUGUGACCAUGCGAACCUCUGCGGUCACCAUGGGCCUCGGCGCAGAGUUGUCGGGGAAGGAGCCCAGCAUACCAGCACUGGGAAUCUCCAAAGCCGCGGGUCGGCAGGUUCUCUUGGCAAUGCAGAAAGACAAGAAGCUCACCGCAUCAUGCUGGAAGAGGAAAGGCAGCGUCUUUGGAGACCUGCUUAGCGAGGCCUUCACAGGAGUUCUGGCUGUUGCCUUGGUCGCCGUGGGCGCUUGGUAUGGUGUGGAGGACCUUAGGCGGCCCGGCACUGCUGAAGAGGAUGCGCAGCGGCAAAGCGAGACGGUUUCUGUUGAGGAGUCUGCAGGGCUUCACUUCGUUUUGUUCGGCUCCUUGCUGCUGACCGUCCUCUACUUCUUCAUGAAGUACCUGAUCUAUUUGCUGCUGUUCCUCUUCGCAUCAGGAGCAGUGUCUACAACUUGCGUCCUCCUGGAGCCUGCCUUUGCCUCCUGCUUCCCAGCCCUGCGGGCGAAGAAGGCGUGUACAUUGCCAGACGUUGUAGUCAACGUGCUUGGGGUCGAGAAGGAGCAAACCUGGACGGAGGUUUUGUCUGAGCUGGUUGGUCUCGUUCUAGCUGUUUGCUUCCUGAUCUUUCGAAACGAUGAUGACAUUGGCUGGGCCCUGCAGGACAUCAUCGCGAUCAUGUUCCUGCUGACCCUGCAGCGCACAGUGCGACUGCCAAAUCUGAAGGUAGGAACUCUGCUCCUGAUCUGUACUUUCUUCUUUGACAUCUUUUGGGUGUUCAUUUCGCCCGUGAUCUUCAAGAAGUCGGUGAUGAUCGAGGUAGCCACAGGAGGAGGCACUGGGCAGAGCGUGCCCAUGGUGCUGAAGAUUCCGGCGCUCGAUGGGGAGCUGCCAGGACAGUUCAAGAUCCUGGGUCUUGGCGACAUCGCCAUCCCUGGCCUCUUGAUCUCGCUGCUCCUGCGCCAUGAUCUGGUGAAGCGCCAUCGACGAUGUGCGGGGUAUUUUCUUGCCGGUGUCAUUGGCUAUGCUGUCGGCCUACUAGCCACUUUCGUGUCCUUGUACCUCAUGCAGCAUGGCCAGCCAGCCCUCCUAUUCCUGGUGCCUGGUACGCUGGUUCCCACCUGCAUCAUCGCCCUCCGCAAGGGUGAGCUGAAAGACCUGUGGGCAGCGAAUUACGGCCCCGAGCCCCUGGAAGGCGACGUGGAGAAACAAUCCUGA